AUGAACGGUUCUGAUACAAUAGAGCCAGUGGCCGUCCAGGUACGGCAAAUUGUUAUCGAUGAAGAUGAGCCUUUGCAUAAUAUUGAAUCUCCAGUAAAAAUUGUUCCUCAUGAUGUAAGUUAUUUUACUUGAGGUGUUUUUCUAUUUAUUAAUUUAGGUGUUAAGAAUGUUUCUUGUUAUUUUAAAUGUUUUUAUUGUUUAACUAAUGGAAUUAUUUAGGAUCAUGAUUACGGAAGUGCUUCUGGAGCUAGAUAUAAUUCUGCCUUGGAAUAUUAUGGAGAUGGACAGAAUAAUGAAACAUUUCCUUUGUUGGAAGGUUUAGGUAAGAAUCAAGAUUAAUUUUUAGUUCUUUCUUUAGGCGAUAAAGAGUUUUCUUCUUCACCAGUCAAAAGCGAACCAAGACCUCAGUUUAUUCAACAACCUCAUCGUCCGGCUGCUGAACACUACGCAAAUAUAAAGACAGUUGGGUUCGGAAGUACCAAUAGAGUUGGGGGUGAGUUUUUUGAGAAUAAAGAUAAAUAUGGUUGGCAAAGGAAAGAUUUUUGUUAUUUUCUUAACUGAUUUUAUAUUUUUAGGUAGAACACAAGUUUUGAUGCAGAGUCGGCCACGGUCAGCAUACACGAUUCCUCAAAGGUAUGUCCAACUUCAUAUAAAUUAUUUUUAAAGCUUUAGAAUCAGACCAGAAGCAACGACUCCGGUUCUCAGCUAUGCUAGUUCAGUUUCUCGAAUUGUCAGGGCUCCCACAGGUAUGGAAACACCUGUUCAACGAAGUACUCCAAACGUUUUGCGACAAGCUGUAGUUCGUCCUCGAACUCCGGCUUCAGUACGGCCAGCAAGACCACCUAAACCGAUUAUUCAAGCUCCUCUGAGUCCCGAAAGUGGUUUGAUGAAUGUCUUAGACGAAGAAGACGCUCAGAAUCAAAAAUUCUUUAGCCAACACGCUAAAAUGGGAAACAACUUCACUCAGAUGAAGCCGAUUGUAUCUUCUGUGGCAUCAGGGUCUAGCUUGUCGAUUUCUCCACAAAAACAAUAUUUGUCACCUGAUAGUCUGAAUAAAGCUAGAGGUCGUGGAAGACCGUCGAAUGCAGUAAGCUAACUUAUAUUAAGCACCCUUUUAAAUGUUAAGAAAUACUGCUAAUACUUACUUUCCUUCAGGAAAAGGCUUUGCAACAGCAGAAGAACACCAGUCCUGACAAAAACAAACUGGAAAGACUUGCUGAAAUUGCUCAGCAACAAGCAACUGUUUCAUUGCCAAAGCCACAAAUGGGUAAGUUUAUUUUUCUUAUGAAUUUUUAUUUGUAAAUUACUUUUGUUUAUUUUUUAUUGGUUUAGACGUACCUUCUUCUGAAAAAUCUCAACCAAAGCCAGUGUUGGAAACAGUGGCUACAGAAAACAAAAAAGAAGCGCCCCCACAACAUAAACUAUUUAAGAAGUUGGUGGCGUCAUCACCAAAGAAGGAAGAAAAGGUGAAAGCUUAUGAAUCUGACAAGGAAGAGGAUGAAGUGGAAGGCGUUGAUUAUAUUACAAGAUGUUUGUGUGACAUGAAGCAUAACGAUGAAUUUAUGGUACAAUGUGACCAAUGCAAGGCUUGGGUGCAUGUGGAUUGUUUUGGAGGUGAAGAUGUUGUUGACACAGAAAGCAAAUUCUUUUGUCACAAGUGUGACACCAGCCGGAUUAAUCCUCUGACAUUGGAAGAAGCUAAGAGAUUACAGCUUCACAAACUGGCCAUGUUACAGAAGAAUAGAAAGAAAUCUAAGGAGAAAGAAAAACGCACGGUAAGAUUUGUUUUUGCCUCAGCAAUUAUUAUGUCAAAGAUGUUUUAAAACUACUGAUUUAGAUCUCUCCAUUACCGCAGAAGAAACAUCACAAACUGAUCAAGAAGCACGUUCAAAAGGAGAAGGAAAAUACUUACUCGAGAAGUGUUCGGAGCGAUAUUGGUGAAGGAAAGAUCUCUGAAGGAGAUCUUGGCACGUUCGUACAGUUAAAGUCAGUUGGCGAUCGAAGAUGUCGGAAUACAUUGGUCGGAAAAGGAAUAACUGGUUUGAUGACUACUGAGAAUGUGAAAAAAGGAGAACCACUGAUUGAAUUUAAAGGACAUUUCUGUUUCGUUGAUGAAGACAAAGUCCACGAGCGUUUGAGAGAUCCAAAAUUGUUUUAUCACAGCGUUGUGUACAGGUAAGACUGUCUUAUUUAUUUCUAACGUUAAUUUAGUGGCCUUGGAUUAAAUGCCAACCCGAUUUUCGUGGAUUCAUCAAAAUCUGGAACGGCAGCGAACGAAGCUCGCAGGUCAUGUAGACCAAAUGCUAAGCUUUCUCAUUGUGUUAUCGAAAACCGACUAGUCUUGUUUUUGGUAGCUGCUGAGGAUAUCGAUGAAACUUCUGAAGUAAGUUAUAUAGACUUUCACCGUAAAAUAAUUUAGUUUUUUUGAGUUAGAACAUGUAUUGUUGAAUUUUAAAUAAGACACUUGCAACUUAUAUUUUAGGUAACAUUGCCUUUUGAUAACGAAGAACGGGGAAAUCCUCCUUUCCAACUUGAUUGUGCUUGUAAAACAGAUUAUGCUUACAUGUCAGAUGAACACAAAUGUCUUAUUGAAGAUUACAAUCGCAAAGUUGUAAAAGGCGAAUUUGAUGUUCGAACUGAACCGAUUUCCAAAAAACGAACAGUGUCUCCGGAGAAACCAAGUUCGCCUAAAAAUGUUAGAAAGUCGCCUUAUAAAACAGAAGUCAGAAGUCCUAAACCAGAAGUUAAAACUUCAAAGACAGCACAAGUAAAGAGUCCCAGGCAUGAAAUUAGAAGUCCUAGAAGAGAAGAACCAGUUCAACCAAAAGAAGCUUCAAAGGAGAAGGUGGUACUGGAUUCUCAGCCGGAAGAACCAUCGACUUCUAAGGAGAAAUUUAGCGAAGAAGAGUAAGAUUUCCACACUUUUUCAGUUGCAAUUUGAAUAUUUUUAAAAUGAAUUUUCAAUUUUAUCUUGUAUUUUCAGGGAAAGUGAAGGCACUCCUCGCAGAUCAAACCGGAAACGUGUAUCCACAAACGAACGUUUGUCUCCCAAACCUGAUGCUAAACUUCCAAAGCUUACGAAACCUCAGAGCGUUGACUUUGACGAAAGUGUGGACAACAAAGGAGUAGUAUCUGUAAGUGUUUGAUUCUUUUCUGAACGCUUACUUGCUUAUCGGUUGUGUUUCACAUAUGUAUAAUUUUAGCUGCGAGUGCAAAAGAAGAUUGAACGAUUAGAACAAGCUGAACAGAAGCAAGGAAAACGAAGGAAGACGUCUGAGUCGGAUUCCAGUAAGAUUUCCAAAGGAACACGAAGAUCUUUGGCAAUGAAACAAGCAUCUCUAGCAAAGGUAAGCAGUCGUUGUUAUGUUUAUCAUUUAUGUUUAGAAAAUGAAGGCAGAAAGCCCGGAAGAAGCCGCUGCCAGUGUCUUGCUUGGAUUGUCGAAUGCUGACGCUGGAUUGUCCGAAAAGAAGAAGACGCAGUUGCUAAUUUAUUGGAAGAAGUGCAUUAAGGAAUUGGAGACGGUUGGCCCGUUUUCGACCUUUGAUUUCUCGGAAAUUCAAAAAAUCGCUUCGUCUAAAAAGUCAGUAAGCUAACAACUUACAAGUUUCACCUGUAUUUAUAGUUUAUAUUUGUAUUUUACUAUUUUCUGGUCUCUUAAUCUAUAUAGUUCAUUAAAGUGAUGAUUAACGUACUUUUUGUCAUUUAUUUCUAUCCUUGCACUUUUAUUGCUUCUCUUUCUUUUAAGGAAAUCAACUUGUCUCACAAAUCUUGAAUCCUCUAAGAUACUCACGCCGAGUCUCCAGAUGUUACAGAAGACUAGUUUUGACAGGUCUUUGCCUCCACCAAUCACACAAAAUGCACAUUGCCCUGUAGGUAGUAAAAUAGGACAAAAGACACAGCAACCUGCAAUGGAUGAAAGUUGCAUAACGGACAAAAAGGAUAAUACGGAGGAGUCUAUUAUCAAAGAAGGACAAUCUCUUGAUCAAGAAGGGGAUGAAAAUGAAGAAAAGAAGCCCGGUGACGGUAAAACUUCCGAAGGUUCUACAAGUGAGAGUGGUAGCACUUCUGCACCAGCACCGUUUGUUGAGCAAAGAGUUGUUACAUUUUUUGAUGCAUUUAAAGAUGUCAGUGAUGCUGACAUCUCGUUUGGAUGCGAGACGAUGGUCGGUCGGAAGUUCAAGCAUGAAAGUCCUGGCAAGUUGACUUUGGAUAUGUUGAUGUCGCCACGGAAUCUAUCUAGGGUUGAUACGCCUCCGAAGUCAGCGCCCCCAAUGUUUACCCCAAUGUCUGUUUCGAAAUCACGGCUAGACACUUUGAAGAAGCAAUUGUUUGACGGAGGCAGCUUGGUAGGUAAUACCGAUAACUUUAAAGAGUUUACUUUUUGCAUUUGUACUUAUGUUAUUGUGAUAUUAAUUAAAGCUAUUAUUAUAGGCAGCGGUUGCUGACACGGGAGCGUCAACUCCAUCCGCCCGACCAAUUCCACACCCAGAAGUCUUCCGAUCUCUUCGAAAACCUAGAACGCCACCGCUACCUACUGACGUAGAAGAAGCUAGUGUCACGAGGAAAGACCGUUCUUCAGACCAGCCAAAGAAGAAGAGGCUCUCUGAAGAUCAAAUCUUGGCAGCGCUAAAUCGUCUGAGGAAGAUGACCGUCUUUGACCGAGUGAAGCACCAGUUCUUCAAAGACCUCAAUUGA